AUCAUUAUCUAUCCGGGAUAUGGCGCAUUGAUGAAUUGCCCGGAUUAUUCUAGCUAGACGACCAUUCACACAAGUGACCCUCAUGAUUGCUGUAGCAGUUGUUAUUGUUUUAGUCGGUUGCUGUAUCAAUGUUGUAUUUCUAGAGCUCAUCAUCAGUGCUGAUGGAGGGGCUGGUAAUCUCAUCACGUUCUUUCAGUUUCUCUUUAUUAGUGCAGAGGGAUUUGUAUUGACUGUUGACUUUGGUCGAAAGAGACCCAACGUUCCUCUUCGGAUGUAUGCAGCUCUGGUGAUACUUUUCUUUAGCUCUAGUGUGAUCAACAACUGGUCUCUCAAGUUCAAUAUUCCAAUGCCAUUGCAUAUGGUUUUUAAAGCAGGUUCGCUGGUCACGAACAUGAUUAUGGGCAUGCUGAUUCUGAAAAAGAGGUAUGAUGAAUGUUUGUCUACUGGCUGCAUGUCACUCACGAGACACUCACACUCACAUUUAUUAUUGCAUUGCAGACACAGUUUGACAAAGUACGUGUCUGUGGCGAUGGUCUCAGUUGGCAUAUAUAUCUGCACAUACACAACAGUUGCCAUCGAGAAGACUGCUAAGGGAGCUAGUGAAAGUAACAAAGACUCUCAAAGUAGUAUGACUCUUAUCACUGGUAUUGCUCUGUUGGCUAUAGCAUUAGUCAUAUCAUCUGGAUUGGGAAUAUUUCAGGAAACUUUGUAUAAACGACAUGGAAAACACUCAAAGGAGGCAAUGUUCUAUACACAUGCCAUGUCUUUACCUUUCUUUACAAUUUUGAUGUCCGAUAUUGCCAACCAUGUUGCUGUUUUCAACGGCUCAGAUGUUGUCUUAUUUGGCUCUUUUGUACCAGCCAUUCCCAAGCUCUGGCUUUACUUGAUGGCCAAUGUCAUUACACAAUAUAUUUGUGUUCGAGCUGUGUUUGUGCUCACAUCAGAAUGCAGCUCGUUGACUGUCACUCUAGUGGUCACACUUAGGAAAUUUCUCAGUCUCAUCUUCUCAGUGAUUUAUUUCAGAAACCCGUUUACUGUCUAUCACUGGAUCGGCUCAAUGUUUACCUUCAUUGGUUCAUUGCUGUUUACUGGCGUUCACUCCACUGUCAUGGAAUGGCUUCAAGGAACUAAACAAGACAAGGAAAAGAUAAAAGUAGAUGAUGCUGACAAUGCAACUAAAGGUGACAUAGACAAACUGACUGAUGGAACAAGGCAUUCUGACAAAACACGGCUGCGAUGACUGGCUGCUGGCUCAAGAUGAUGACGUGAACUAUUGUCAGGCAUAACAGGCAGUAUUUCUAAUUUAUUUUGGUGAACGUACUAAGUUAUUAAAAUGUAAUAUUUCAUUCUGACUUUGCAUUGGCAACAGUAACUGACUGCAUUGAUGAUCAAGGAUAAGUGUGUGUGUGU